AUGAGAACUAAAAUUUUAUUAGUAAAACUCUUUAUCUUAGUUUAGGUUUGCUAUUGCUAGGUUUUAGAUAAUUUUGUUUUUACUAAAACACCACUUUCAAAUAUAUUGUAUUCUUAAAUAUGCAGUUAGAAUACUCCUCUUAAAAAUAUCAUUGCCUUGAAUAGUACAAAUAGCUCAUUUAUUGGAUGGAGCAAUACUUGCGGUGUUGUUAUUUUCAAUAUAGAUAACAAUGAUGAUGUCUCUUAUACCUUCUUGCUUUAGGAUGCCUCUAAAGUUUUAAAAAUAUUUUAGUCUUACACUUAAAGUAUUUGGAUUAUUAAAAAUUCUUAGAUUUAAAUCUACAAUAAAAAAGAAUAAAAAAUUACAAAUACUUUAAUAUAUGGUGGGCCAUCAAGCAAUUUAAUUGAUGUUUAAGAAAUUCCUAGUGAAUAAGUAAUAUUAAUAUUUACUGAAAGGUAGAUUCAAUUCAUAGACACUUAUAAUUUAGUUGUCCUUUCUUCUACAUAUGAUAUUAAAACCUCUGAUCCUUCCAUCAUGAGCGCUUUGAUUAUUAGCGAUAAAUACCUUCUACUAGGAUAAGGUUACUAAAUAAAUGUUAUUGAAUUUCUUAAUUUAAGUACUCAAACAAAUACUGUAAUAGCAAAAUCAAAUGGAUUAGUUUUUACUUAAUACAAUACCUAUGUUACUAGAAUGGUCAUGCUACCUAAUAACGCCUUUGCUAUUUAAACAUCAACAUAAGGUAUUUAUUUUGGAAACUUCACCUCUUUCAUAACGACAAGGAACGUUUAGAAUAUAACUUUUUAGCAAUAAAUUUAAGAUAAAAGCUAUCUUUAGAUGCAAUACAUACAAACUAAUUUAAAUUAGAGUUAUUUGAUAGCAGAGGAAGCUUUUAAUGCAAUAAAAAUUAUCUAAUUCCAGUACACUCCUUCAUUUAAUUAGUUUUUUUAUCAGCUUUUACCUAUAUAUACAAAAACAUAUGACCUGAAAUUAUUAUUUAACAGUCAAUACCUAAUUUCUUUUACAGAUAAAUGUGUUAAUAUUUACAAAAAUAUUACAUCUAACUAUCAAAAUUAAUAACCAAAUAUCCUUAGCAUAAAUAAUAACAUUUUAUAUAAUUCAUUUAAAUUCGUUAGCAACUCAGGAAAUAGAUGCUUUAUUUAGCAGAAUCUGCUUUAUUAUUCUAAAGGAACUGAUGGUGUAAUAAUUUUAAAUAUAGAUCCAAUUAACUAUACUCUUUAAGCUAAUAAUGUUUUAAAUAUUGAUAGUAAUUCUCAUUCGUUUGCAGUUUAAAUUUACAAUACAAGUUAGCUAGUUGUUGGAGAUUCCAAUUUAUAUUUUUUAAACAUAACAAACUUGUAACAACCAAAAAUUAUAAGUAACAACAGCUUUAACUUAUAAUAAAUAAAUGCAAAUUAUGCUAUUGUUUCUUAAAAUUUAAAUACUAUUUUUGUAGCUGCAGGAUAUGCUGGAUUAAUGAUAGUAAAUAUUACUAAUUUCACAAAUCCAAAUUUAAUAUCAUCAAUAUCAACUAAUACUCCAGCUUAAUACAGUUGCUCGUUCAUUUAAACAUAUCUAAAUGAAAAAUAUGUUAUAGCUAACUACUAAAAUCUAGGUAUUUAUGUUUAUGAUGUAAGCUAUUUGAAUAAACCCUAAACUUAUUCAUUCUUUCCUAUAAGCGCUGGUCAAGAUUUUAGUAUAUCCAUUACUAAAUUUUUCAUGGUUAUAUCUAACAGUGACUAUGGAAUAGCUAUUAUUAAUAUUACUGAUCUCAAAAAUUUAUCACUAAUAAGCAAUAUUUAUAUAUAAGGCUCGACCCAAAGAGCCUAUUUAAUAUCUAAUGACUAAUAUAUCCUCACUCUAUCAGUAUUUAGUGGAUAGCUAUAGCUGGUUGAUAUAACUAACCUAAAAAACCCAAAAAUAAUAUAGUAAUAUUCUUACAACAAUCAAAUAUCUGCAUAUGACUUGUGCCUCUCUAGUAAUUAUAAUACUGCAUAUUUAGCUAUGGGAAGCGGAAUAGUCUAAUUUAAUUUAUUUACUAAUAAAAAUCUUAAUAUUAAUUUUUUCGACUGUACUGAUCCAAAUAAAAUAGUUAGCUUGAAUCAAAAUAAUUGGUUUUCUGUGGGGCAGCAAAUUGGUGUUUAAAUUACUGAAAUUUUACCUAAUGUUAUGAGAUAAGUUAUGAUCACUUCAGCUUAUUAUUAUAAUAAUUUUUUCUAGUUGCAAAUGCUUCCUACCUGGAGCUCGUUUUAAUUACAGCAAUAAAUGUUGAUGAUAAAUAUCGAAAAAGAGCUUCUUCAGCAAUAAGUUAAAAAUGACUCAGAAACAAUAGAGUUUGUAUUUGAAAUAAAAGAGAAGCUAUUUAAUACUGAUUUUAUUUAUUCUUCAAUAGGAAUAACUAGUCAAAUAUCAUAAAAUAUUUUUAAUUUAUGUUAGUAGAAUUAAAUAGUAGAUAGCUAAAGCUAUGUAAUUUAGUAUAAACAAAAUAUAAUAAGCUAAGCUUUCAGUUCUUUCUCAUCUGCUUAGACUAACCAUAUCCUUUAUGUUUUGAAUCAGAAAGUUAUCAGUUUUCCAGUUAUAUUUAAUAUAUAGGGAUCUUUGCAAUUCUAGGCUGAUCUAAAUUUAAUCUCUACUCCAUCUGAUUAAGUUUCAAUAUAGAUCAUCACAAGCCCUGCAUAAGGAGUUUUUAUCAAUAAAUAAUACAAGUAAUUAAAUGUAAUUUUUAAGCAAGAUCUUAGCGGAAUAACAUUAUCUGGAGAUCUGAAAAGCGUUAACAUGAUUCUUUAAUAGAGGCUUUAUUUUGCAAAUUUUACUAAUACAAAUAAUAUUUCAUUUAACAUAAUUAUAAAUGAUGGAUUAAACUAUUAAAUAACCUAACUUCUUACCUACUCAAAUUGCAAAUUUAUCAAAUUAAAUAGCCCUAUUUUUAAAAAUCCUAAAAAGAGCUUAUAAUAGGAUUUUGAAAGUAAAAAUUAAAAUGGAAAAUCAUUGAGUGUCCUAACUAAUUUCUAAUACACAUUCGAUAGCAAUAUUUUCCUUGACAAAGAUAGCUAAUCUGUUUCCUAUUCAGCUUACAUCUAGAAAGAUAAUAAUUAUAUAUUGAUACCUCAAAAUUAUUGGAUUAACUUUGAAAAGUCAAGCAGGACAUUCUAUGGGCAAAUCGAUCUAAGCUAGUAUAAUCAAGUUAUUCGUUUAAUGGUCAAUGCAACUGAUGGCUAUACUUACUCAACCGAUACUUUCGAAAUACACUUAGACAUAAUACCAGCAUACUAUGUAUUUACUAUCCUAUUUGAAAUAUUUCUACCUCUUUUUGUGAUUAUAACCAUUUAUAAUCAUAAAUCUAUCUUAAUAAACUUCUUAAGAAGAUUUAAACUGUUGCAAAUGCCACUCCAAAUUGAUCUGAAUAAAUAAUAUUAUUUAUAAAUUCCUAUCUUAGAAAACUGCUUAGAAGAUGGAUUAGAAAUAUGGAAAUCUUAUAAGUAUACUAUAAUCAAAUAAAUAGUGUUACGAGAGUUAACUUAUUUAAAAUUAGAUAAAAAGACAACCGAAAUAGAUAAAAAUGACAAUUCUUGCAAUGAUUCAAGAGUUCAUAAUGAUAUGACCAAAUCUUAAAACGCUCGUAUGGCUCAGAGCACCCUCAAUAAAAGCUCUGCUAAAUAGGUAUAAAGCAAGAACAAUUCUAAAUAACUAUUAAACCUAAGCUAGAAAAUUGUCAAAAACAUGAGCAAUCAGGAAGUCAAGCAGAUUCAGAAACACUUAAAAGAAUAAAAAGUAAAUUACAAUUACAAUUGCUUUAUCUAUAUGUAAAAAAAUGGAUAACUAAACUAUAAAAAUAUUUUGGAUUCAAUACAUAAGUGGUGUCUUAAACACUACAAUAAGCCAAAAGUACUAAAUGAUUUGUAGAAUCCUGCUAGCUUGUUUUCUCACUUUAUGAUAGGAUUAGUAUCUAUCUACUUCGCAUAGAUAGAUAAAACAGCUGAAAACGUUAUUUAGAUGCUAAAAUAACAAGCAUUAAAAGAAGGACUAUCUGAAAAAGACUGGACUAAGAUGUAUGUAGAAUUCAUUACUGAUGGAGACAUUGUGUUAUACCAACCUGUUCCUCAACCUAUUUAUAAUUAACAAAAGAUAGAUGAGUAGAUUAAUCUGAUUUAACAGCUCUAAUAAGAAAUAUCUGUCUCUGAAUUCAUCAUGCCUCUUAUUAAGGAAAAUUUAAAGGCUAUUGCGUUAGGUUUCACCAGCGAAAAACAAAGUUACUUCCCAAUAGCAAGAAAACUAAGUUUAGAUUGCUACACUCAUUAAAUUCACUGCAUUAAAGUAUAUAGGCCAUUCGAGAAAAAAUCAUUCUUCAACAAAUAAAAAGUAAUUGAAGUAGAGAAAGAAAAAGAACUUUCACUCAACUCCCUUCUUCCUUCAUGGAUUAAUAGUGUAGAUAUUAUCAACGGUUCUCUUUUCUUUUCAAUAUAAGCUUAAACUAAAGACUAAGGACGAUACCAAAUAAAAAUUUUUAGUACAUAAAAAAUAAUCAUAAAGGUAAUUUAUGUUAACAUAGGAAGUCCUAAAACUCCGGAAGAUAAAUAAUAGAAUGAAGAAGACAGAGAUGCAACUAUCACAUAGCAGUUUUCACAGUAAAAGUAAUAAGAUGAUAACCAAUCUGAAUAUUAAUCUUAGAAUAAAUAAUUUGAUAACAUAAGUUAGUAUCAAGAUGUUAUUUUAUAAAACCUGCAUAUGUCUAACUAGGAAUAACACUACUCUAACUUAGAUAGUCCCCAACCUCUAAGGCCAUUUAAAAAAGCUUUAUCUUAAUACCACUCUUCUGCAUAAUCGAUUUACAAUUAAAUAGGUAAUAGAUCUAUUUAUAAAGUAAAUAAGUUAGAAAGGUUAGAUAGUAAGAAAACAUUUAAAGAUAACAGAGAUGAUGUGAGUGAAACAAAUAGUCAUAGAUUUGUAGGUGAUGCAGAUUUUGAACAUGUCAAUUCGAAUGUGAAUUCUCCAAAAAAUUCACCUAUAUAAUAAUUAGAUACUAAAUAUAAAACCUUAUAAAAUUAAUUUUUAAAUCAAAACAUAUGA